CCGCCCCCGGCAAAGAUGGCGUGGCGAGCGCUGCGGCGGGUCGGGCCGGUGCUGGCGCCGCGCUGCCCGCUCCUCUCGCUGCCGCCGCGGGGGCCCGCGGCCCGCAGGCUGGGCACCAGCUCGCUGCUGCUGUCCGCCCGCAAAUUCACAGACAAGCACGAAUGGGURUCAGUGGAAAAUGGUGUUGGAACAGUAGGAAUCAGCAAUUUUGCGCAGGAAGCGUUAGGAGAUGUUGUUUACUGUAGUCUUCCCGAAGUUGGGACAAAAUUGAGUAAACACGAUGAGUUUGGGGCUUUGGAAAGUGUGAAAGCUGCUAGUGAACUCUACUCCCCUCUCUCAGGAGAAGUGACUGAGAUUAAUGCUGCCCUUGCAGAUAAUCCAGGGCUUGUCAAUAAAUCUUGUUAUCAAGAUGGUUGGCUUAUCAAGAUGACUGUGGAAAACCCUGCUGAACUUGAUGAACUGAUGACCGAAGAUGCCUAUGAGAAAUACACAAAAUCCCUUGAGGACUGAGCUGGAAUAAUGAAAUAAAUUCAUAUAAAAUAUGGCGGUGUAGUUUGUCAUCAAUCAAGGACAUACUUAAUAUCCAGUUUUGGCAACUUGAAAAAUACCACUUAUGGUCACAAAUAUAAGUAUACAAAUAAUUACAGUGCUAAAAGUGUUUCACAUCUCUGUACCUGUGAGGGUUUUUUAUUCYGUUGUCUAAUUCAUGUAACUUCASAUGUUAUACAUAAUAUUUUGGGAAACAAAAUUCACUUGCUAAAAUGUAUAGUUCCCAAGAUUCAUUUGRCAUCAAAUUUAGUAACAACAGCCUUAAUAUGGCAAUUUUGUUGUAGGCACAUGACUGUUCUCAUAACCUGGACUACAGUUUUCCCUGAAAUAUUGUUCUAUUGCUCCCAAGCCAUUGAAAAGCAGUGUCUUCCUAACCUACUCAUAUUCUUUUUUCUUAGAGCUGCAAAGAUGAUACCAAAAAUGGAGAAGCCGUAUCAACUACCUCUCUGUGUGAUUCUUAUUUCUUUACAGAAUUUAUUAAUCCUUGGCUUUUUUUUUUCAGUGUGUAAUCAAAUAGUCCUGCCUGUGAAGCUGGAGGGAUGGGGGCCCUGCCUUCCUCUUUCAUGCUUUCUUAGUGUGCAAAGUUCCUGCAGUGACUUUAUCAAGGUUCUACAGGGGAUUAUUUAGGCUUUAUUUUUGUCUAGUAAACUCUAGCUAAGUCACAAGUAAUUAAUUUUAAAUCUUGUGCCUGGCAAUUUUCGUGAUUUCAGCAGAGCAGGUAAUUGUGAAAAUGGUGUGAUCAGCAAUAGUUUGACAAAUCAUGUAUCCAUGUGUGUCUGUAUUUCAGAACAAGUAGGCAACUGCUCUAAGGACAUCAUGGGACUGAACCUAAAACUUUCCCUUUGCAAAGCAGUGAACUAAAGCAGCUGAUUCCAUUAGAUUUCAAAUCCACAAAUGUGCACUCUAAGCUGAUGUGAYACCUCAUAGUACGGUGUUGUACACACGUGCACUUUAGAAAAACAGAAUAGUACAGCAAAGUUUUGGUCUAAAACUUCUUUCCCCCAAUUUAAAAACUGUUAUUAGCAGCUAAGAACAAAAUGGGAACAAACCCCAAUGAUUUAAGUUGAUCUAAGAGGAAGCAGGGGAAUGCUUAAUUCGUGCAAGAUGACUAAAGCAAAAUUCAUAUUCCUUUGAAAGUUCCUUCUUUCGAAAGGGAUAUGAAUCACAGCCGCUUCUAAAGGGCAGAAAUACACUGCUGGUAAUACAGAAACMUUUCUAUGUGUAAAAAGAGGGUUUCUUUUAUGAUCUGAAGGGAUAUCAAAGUUACUGGUUUGAUGGGUUUGAGUUUAAAUUGCAGGAGCAAACUUUUCCUAGACAAGUCACGGAUCAAAACCCUGCCAAGAGAGAAUCCACUGUCUAUUUAAGCUGGUUUCAUCUUCUCCACAGGAGUUAAGCCGCAGAAUGAAUAAGAGGAAAGAGGGAGUUUGACUGUUCCACAGGAGUUCUAACUUGGCAGUGGUUGAUAAACAAAAAGCUCUUGUUAACCUAAUGUAAAUGUUCUAAAAUCUCUCAGUACUUAUCCACUAUUCCCAGUACCAUGCAGUAUUUAUUGUGACAACAUUCAGGGCCCAGAGGGUUCGGAGCUUGGUCCCAGCUUCUCACAAACUCCCCCAGUGCACUUCAGAAAGAGAAAGCUGAUUUCAAAUACAGCAAGUGCAGGCAAAUGAAGGUAGGAAUGCAGGAAAAUGUUUCUAUUUGAUGCUGGUUUUUUCACUGUCUUUUUUUCUAACUUGACUAGAGAGUAACAGGCCUUUUUUGCCAUGUAAUAUAGGACCCUUGUAGAUCUAACUGUAGAGGUUAGUCCAGAGCAUUGUAAUGCAUUUUUAUACSACUUUCUCCUUAAAAUGUUUGUAUUCUCUUAUUUUGAUCAAUAAAAUAAUAAUUUCUGUAAUGCCCUAACGAAUUUGGGGAACAAUAAAAACUGGCAAAUCUG